CCCUCCCCCUCCUCCUCCUCGCGCGGUAAUGGGAGGCUCCUAGGCAGAAGCUAAAGAAGGAAUUGUUUGCGAGUUCAGUCAUCCAAAAAAGCUUCUUCCAUAUGGAGGGACCGGGUGCGCAGGGCGCGGCGUCCCCUGCCUUGUCCUCCUGCUGCUGCCGCCGCGGGCCCCGCUUCCUGCCGCAGGGACCCUGAGCCCCGGCCCGCCGGUGUCAGCCGCCGCGAGCGCACACGCACACUCACACUUACACACACACGCGCACACACACUCACACUCACGCCCGCCGCAGCCGCACGCGCCCGCACGCGCCCUCCCUCCCCGGCCCGCAGCUUCUCGGUCCGGGGCUCCUUUGUUGCUCCCGCGGCCGCCGCUCUCUCCCGUUUUGUGUGUCCCUGGGUGUCACUGUGCGGGUUGUGUGUCCGUGCGGCACCGGGCUGUGUGGCUGUCUCCGCGCCCACCGCGCCCCCGGGCCCCGGCUCACCCUUCCCAGGAGCCGGCUGCACCAGAGGCCCAGAACAAGCUUCCUGGAACCCGUGACCCAUGAAGUCUUGUCAACAUUCACACCGUCUGAGGGUAUCAGCAAUGAAGUAGAAGAAGCAGAGUGUAGCAGGGGAUUGCGGUACCUCUUUGAGUGACUCCUUUGGCUUAUGGGACGUUGACACACCAUGCCGCGUGGGAUGAUGAUAACGCAGAGAGGAAAGAGGUCCGAGGUCACACUUGCUUGCCUCCUCUUGGCCAUGGCGGGCUGCUUCGCAAACCUGAACGAGGUCCCUCAGGUCACUGUCCAGCCUUCUUCCACCGUCCAGAAGCUCGGAGGAACCGUGAUCUUGGGCUGCGUGGUGGAGCCCCCCUGGAUGAACACCACCUGGCGCCUGAACGGGAAGGAGCUGAAUGGCUCGGAUGAUGCCCUGGGCGUCCUCAUCACCCGCGGGACCCUCGUCAUCACUGCCCUCAGCAACCACACUGUGGGACGGUACCAGUGUGUGGCCCGAAUGCCUGCAGGGGCUGUGGCCAGCGUGCCAGCCACCGUGACACUAGCUAGUGAGUACUGCUCCUCUGCCCCCUCCCGUUCUCUCUCUUCUCCUGCAGCCCCAGAAGCUCCAGACAGGCCCACUAUCUCCAUGGCCUCUGAGACCUCAGUGUAUGUGACCUGGAUUCCGCGUGGGAAUGGCGGCUUCCCCAUCCAGUCCUUCCGAGUGGAGUACAAGAAGCUGAAGAAAGUGGGGGACUGGAUUCUGGCCACCAGCGCCAUCCCUCCCUCCCGGCUCUCGGUGGAGAUCACAGGCCUAGAGAAAGGCACCUCCUACAAGUUCCGAGUCCGGGCUCUGAACAUGCUGGGGGAGAGCGAGCCCAGCGCCCCCUCCCGGCCCUACGCUGUGUCAGGCUACAGCGGCCGCAUGUACGAGAGGCCUGUGGCAGGCCCUUACAUCACCUUCACCGAUGCCGUCAACGAGACCACCAUCAUGCUCAAGUGGAUGUAUAUUCCAGCAAGUAACAACAACACCCCAAUCCAUGGCUUUUAUAUCUAUUACCGACCCACGGACAGUGACAACGAUAGUGACUACAAGAAGGAUAUGGUGGAAGGGGAUAGAUACUGGCACUCCAUCAGCCACCUGCAGCCAGAGACCUCCUAUGACAUUAAGAUGCAGUGCUUCAAUGAAGGAGGGGAGAGUGAGUUCAGCAACGUGAUGAUCUGUGAAACCAAAGCCCGGAAGUCUUCUGGUCAGCCUGGUCGACUCCCACCCCCAACUCUGGCACCACCACAGCUACAGCUCCAUGAAACCAUAGAGCGGCCGGUGGGCACAGGGGCCAUGGUGGCCCGCUCCAGUGACCUGCCCUACCUGAUUGUCGGGGUCGUCCUGGGCUCCAUCGUCCUCAUCAUCGUUGCCUUCAUCCCCUUCUGCUUGUGGAGGGCCUGGUCUAAGCAAAAACAUACAACAGACCUGGGUUUUCCUCGAAGUGCCCUUCUGCCCUCCUCCUGCCAAUACACUAUGGUACCACUGGGAGGGCUCCCAGGCCACCGAGCCAACGGGCAGCCCUACCUCAGUGGCACCAGCGGACGGGCCUGUACCAAUGGGGUACAUGUGAACAGGGCCUGCCCUGCAGCUGCCAUGGGCUACCCAGGCCUGAAGCCUCAGCAGCGCUGCCCAGGGGAGCUUCGGCAGCAGGACGACAGCAGCAGCACGCUGAGGCAGACCGUUCUUGGCAGUGGAUGUGACCCCCCCAGUCACCAGAUUCCCAGGGCUCCCGAGUCUAACCCGGACAAGGGCUCUUUCUUAUACACACUGCCCGAUGACUCAGCUUGCCAGCUGCUCCAGCCUCAGCAGGACUGCCACCACCUCCAGGAGCAGCCAGCAGCCACGGGCCAGCCCGGCAUGAGGCGUGUACCCCGGGGUCCUGGGCUGGAAGCCACGUGGGACCCUCUUUUUCACCCAGGGCCCCGGUGCUGCUUGGGCCUCGUACCGGUUGAAGAGGUGGCCAGUCCUGACUCCUGCCCUGCGGGGAGAGGAGACUGGUGUCCCCAGCACCCCGUGGGGGCCUACGUAGGGCAGGAACUUGGGAUGCGGCUCUCCCCCAGCCCACCAGUUCACGUGUCUUUUGAAACACCACCUCCUACAAUUUAGGCAGAAGCUGAUAUCCCAGAAAGACACUAUAUAUUGUUGUUUCUUUAAAAAAGAGAGGAAAUUGGUAUUUAUUUUUCUAUAAUAGCCAUAUUUAUAUAUUUAUGCACUUGUAAAUAAAUGUAUAUGUUUUUAUAAUUCUGGAGAGACAUAGGGAAUCCUCCCCACUGAGGUCUGAGGUGGGAAGCAAAGAAGCCGCAACGGAACACGAGUCAACGGGGAAAGAGCAGCACAGACUGAGGAGGCAGCCCGUCCCUUAGACCCUCCGCCGCUGCCUGGGCCCCUGCAGAAGGCCCACAGAGAAGCCCGUGGAAGGAGGACUCCUAGGCACACUGUCCACAGUGACUGCAAGGGAAGGGCCAGGGCCACGCGAUCCGAGGCUGCAGCCACCCGUGACAGUGGCUGGAUCUGGUGCUACAGGAAACGUUUUCCCAAGAUGCCCGUGAGACUAGACUAAGAUGUGUAUAGUACUAUCAGCAUUAACAAACCUUCCAGAAUCAAUAAUCUGUGGCAACAUAUCUCUGUAAAAAUAAACACUGUAAUGUCUAAAUAAAUGUUUAGUCUUCCCUGUAACCUACAGCUUAGUCAUGUAUGAGUCAGCAUUCUCUUUAGAUGUUAGGAUCCAGUCUGAGUAUUUGAAGAAACAUCCACUUGUGAUGUUUUCAGAUCCAUCGAAGAGAAAUCUGGAAAAGGUAGCAAAUGUUUCUAAUUUUGUCUUUUUAAAUAUUGACUCUCAGUUGUGUUUUCAUUAAUGCAGAUGCGUGGUAACUGUUUAGUCCAAGAGGGACACAGUGUACAGUGGGCGAGGAGAAGCAGAUUCGCCGCUCUCUGACUGGACUUAAGGUAAAGCUUUGGUCAGAUCGGAAGGAAUGAGGCUCAUCUUUUCUAUACAGGUGUGUGUUGAAGGCUUAAGUAUUUUCUCCAAAAUGCCAUUUAGUGAAGUGCUGUGCUACAGGUGAACAUAUGGUGCCUGGUAAAAUUCACUUCCCUUCUUUCCAAAGAAACAGCAACGUGGCCAGAGGAGUUGACUCACUAGUUGUUUAAAAUCAACAUUUCCUCAGUGCCGUCCAACCGCAGGAGCAGCCUUUGUCCCGGCAAGUGGAAGUAGAUGGAGGCUGAAGCUUUUUGCUGGGAGCCCUACCACACUUUAACUGUCUUCAGGAGGGAAAUGUACCUUCUAGAGUUCAGUAGAGUUGAGUUACAGAUGAAAUGCCACUUGAAACACUUAAUCCUGUUGUGAGUCAUCAAUGGCAGACCCUAGCUUCACACUCCAGUCACAAAUUAAAAGUCCUAAGAAAGCCCCAGGAGGUGACUGAUGGUCUAGGGCAAGUGCGCCCUCUGCUGGCCAGAAGAGAUUCCUGCAUCCUUUCUCCAUCCAGCAGCUAAAUUGGAACAUGGUUUUCAGAAAAGCAGUAUUUAAAAAAUAUUUCAAGAAGUGAAAUGAAGGACUGUAGGAAUAUGGAAAUGAUAGGAAAGGAGACGUAGAGCAGGGAAGAGAAGAAAUAAGAUAUUGUGACUUCAGACACAAUCUGGCAUCAAGGGCCUAGAGGUCACUUCCAGGAGGGGGACAGAUCUCACCUCUCAGAUCUGGGCUAUAACUCAACUUCUAGCCCAUUGGCUUUUGGAAAAAAAAAAAAAAAAACUCCCCUGUUUUCUUAAUGCCUUGAUGAUCCCAGUGGUUGUCAAAGUAAGUUUUGGUGAACUUUAUGGAAGUGGUAUGGUUCCAGUGCUGUGCAGAAAGCAGUUUUAUGUGACAACAGUGCUUUUAGCUCUCAAAAAAAAAAAAAAGCCUGGGAGUGAAAAAGCACUUCUAAGGCAGGUUAAAUGAGAUAAAUGUGCAUAUUUACUUUAGCCAAUUGCAGGAAAGGAGGAAAAGUUUAGGCAUCAGGCCUUUAAAUUUUAGCCUAGAAAAUGAAACAGCUUAGAUAUUCAGUUUCAUUGCAUCUUGCAUUUCUUUAUUUUCAGGUUAUUAUAGUGCCUUUUAAAAAUCUGAUUCAGUCAGCAAUGGCUAUAUAAAUUAAUCAAAAGGAGGAGUAAGACCUAGCUGGGCAGGAGCUGGUGGUGGUGUGGAGUUCAGCUCAUGGCUCAGGACAGCCCAACAGGACAGGCCGAGUCUGCAGGAAUGAGUAACUAACUCCUUUUCCUGUGAAGUUCUGACAGAGGGGCUGGACUCUACAGUUUUUCUUUCAAUGUUGAGAUUUGAUGACACUAUGGACGAGGGUUCAGAAUAGCCAAGGCACAUUAACAGUUGAUCCACAAGUAACUCGGGCAGAUAUUUGGCCUCUUUCAAAGGUGAGGCUGCCUUCUCUAAGGGCACAGCAGGAGGCAGAGAACAGUUAGAUCAGGAGACUAGGACAGCUUUCCAUCCACCCCCAGCCAGGGCUGCACCCUGGUGCUCUCCUGCUUGAUAUUAAACCUCCCAAAGACUCAGUUGCUUAUAGAUUCAAGACUAAACCUGGGAUCAAUGAAAUGAAACGAAAGCUAUCUUUAUCUCUUAUCUAAUUCAAAAUAAAAAUGAAUUAACUGUAUUGUCAAAUACCAAACAUGCUGUAUGAAAGCCUGAUAUUGUAAACUUUAGUGAUUUUUGUCUAGUUCAGUUUGGGAAAAAGUAAUAAUCCUGACUGGUUUUACUCUAAGAGAGUUGAUAGACACAUGGAAUCCUUGACAUGGCUCUUCCAUAGACUAAAUUCAUUCUUGCUGCAAUUAGAAUCACAGGAUUCAGAAUGGGAAGAAGCCUCAGAGCUUAUCCAGAUCUCUCAUUUGUCUGAUAAUGAGGCCCAGGAAAAUAAUGUAAUUUUUACCCUAACUCUCACCACAACAAGGGGAGAGUGUCUUCUCCGGGACCACCCACUGUAUCCAGGCGGUCGCUCAGGGUCGUGAAGCCAGCCAGCCAGUUACGUAAGUUUGGUAGUAGCCCUUCCUGCUCCAGCCAAGCUUCAGAUGGAUGCAGCCCCAACUCACAGCUUGACUACAACCUCAUAAGAGACCCAAGCUGGAAACACCCAGCUAAGUAGCUCCCAGCUUCCUGACCCUCAGAAACUGGGUGAGAUAAUGUUGUUUUAAGCUAUGUUUGGGGGUAAUUUUUUAUGCAGGAAUAAAUAAAAGUGGGUAAAAAACAGAACUGUGACUAGCACAUUUUUUUGAAAUGCUUGAAGGGCACACAUAGUUUAGGGUGUACAGCAGAGAAUGUGAUAAAGGGUGCUCUCCAGUAGAAAAGCUGCUACAUCAGACCUCUGUGGUGAUAGGCACAAACAGUAAGCUAUUUGGACCUCUCAAAUAGGAGUAUGAAAGGAUCUUAGAGACACAAUAGGCCAAGUGGCCUCCUGUGACAUAUAUAUAUUCCAACAUACAAGAGACCCCAAGUCCUGUCUAUAAUUUUGGGGGGCAGAUCAGCAGGCUAGACAGGUUAUGAAAACUUGACCUUGCUGAAGUCACUUUCUACAUUGGUGCAAUAUUACCUUCUUUACCUUUCCUUUUCGGUAACCAAUUCAUAUUCUGGGACGGCCUCAAGGGAGUAGCUCAUUAAAAUGGACCCAUAAAGCACGGAAUUUAAAGUGCUAUGUUCUAUUACUAACAGGAAUUCAAAUAUCAGUGAAAUCAUCCUUAGAUGAAUUCCACUGACUACUUACCCCCAAACCAAAAGAAUACUCCCAAAUUAGUUUAAAUGUUAUGUACAAUCAAAAGUGAUUAUUAGAGUUGAUCUCUCAGUGAUGGAAUCUAUUUCAUUACUUCCUGAUCUAUAUCAAAACCAGCAAAUGACUCAAGUAGAAACAGAAGGAAAAUGGCACAGGACAUGAGAAACUAUAGGAAAUACUUAGAAUACUGGUAGAGUUGCAGACACCUUCAGAGAAGAGCCUCCUUCUUAACCAUUUUGCAAAACACACUUCUCUGCUCCACCCAGAGCUGAGGAGUUUGCUAAAACUAUGGGUGAUUCAGGAAGCUGUUUAUUUUUUUUGCUUUAUCCCAGUCUAAAGCAAACUGCUCUGCUCUUUCUGUCUGCAUUUCCUGAAUCCCGACCCCUCAAAUAACUGCUUUAUGAAGUUAACAAUGUCACAAUUCUAAAUUGCAUUUCUUUUUCUCAGAUAUUGUUGGCAAAAUAGUUUUUUUUCUCUUGUGUCCUCUCAGAGAAUACCUGAUAACAUCAAAGUUUAUUUUCCAAGGAUCCAACGACCAAGAAAAGGAAGUUUUCUCGUGGUUUGCUGAAUGAUCGAUUUUCUUGCCAAUGGCUAAGAAUUCAGAUAACCAAAAAACAAAUUUCCUAAAACGGGAUAUAUUACCUAUGGUGUCUGGCGAUUUGAGGUAUCUGGACGUUCAAAGCACAUCAAGUCAACAGAUGUUUACUCACUGACAACUCUGUGAAGAUUCUGUCUAGGCAUCACCCCUCUUGAAUACUGCUGUGACUCUUCGCUCAAUAAUUCUUUAGUGGAUAAAGGGCCUUUGAUAUUCAGAUUCUAGUCUUCCUCUCUAUUUUAGUUGUAAACCUCUGAAAGCCUCUUAUUGAUUCUUUCUUUUGGACUUUUGCUUAGACCAGUGAUUCUUCAGCUCUAGCAUGCAGCAGAAUCACCUGGAAGGCUUGUUCUGGAUUGCUGGACCCCUCCCCCAGAGCCUCUGAUUCUGUAGAUCGGGGUGGAGCCUGAGAAUUUGCAUUUCUAACAGGUUCCCCAGGCGAGGCGGAUGCUGUUCUUCAGGGAACCAUACUUUGAGAACCCCUGGCUUAGAUCAUUUCCUGGGCACGUAAAGAAAACCAAAAGCAAAAAAAAAAAAAAAAAAAAAAAAAAAAACAGCAUUUUUGCAGGUACUAUUAAAAGAUUAUAGCACAUAGUUCAGAAUGUGCCAUACAUGUGUUAUGUCCCUAGAAGGCAAGGCUUAAAUAGGGUGAAACUUUAUAAAUAAGUAUUAUCCACCACAUACUGUGUAUUAAGUACUACUAGGUUAGCCUCAAUAAAUAUUACAUAAAAGCAAGUUGAAAGCCCUAAAAGGUAACAAGUGUUUUAAUAAGUAACGUGUGGCCUCCCAUAAUUCAGGAGGCACGCUUUAGGUCAAAGGAAGUAAACCUGUAUUGGAAAUGGAUGUUUGACACCAAAUUCAGGGAGCAUGUUGAUAUCAUUAUUUACACCUAAGUAACCUUACCUCUCCAAGGGCCAAGGCAAAUCCCUUAAUUAGUACUUGUAUGAAUUCAUGGCACCCAGUAGGCAUACAGUAAAGCUAGUCCCUCAGGCUCAUUGUAAUGUAGACGGUAUCAACUCAGUGUCCUCAGGGACCCAAGUGGGCCA